AUGUCAUCCGACUACGGAUCGGACAUUGACUCCGACGUCGCCGAUGUCGUCGACGAGAUCGUCUCGUCGCAGCAAGCUCCCCCUUCCUCCGCGCAAAUACCACGACCUGCGCUAAAGCCACUCAAUACCAAUACAUCUGUCACCCCGCCGUCAUCCCAUGAGAAAUCAAACGAAAUCACGCUUCAGCAAUGGCACCAAGCUGCCUCAACGCCGCCGCCCUCGGCCUCAUCAUCAGAUGCCGAACCCUAUCGCCUGACGUUUGGCAAACAUGAGGGCAGGACGCUUGCGGAGAUACCGACGUCUUAUAUUACGUGGUUGAUUAGGAAUCCGAUUUCGAGUAGGCCGAUGGAGUUGAUAUAUGCGUUGGAAGAGUGGCAGGAGGAGAAGAAGAAUGGGAGGAAGGCGGCAUCGCAAGCGUCGCAAUCGCAAGCAUCCCAAUCACAAGCAUCGCAGGCGCAGGCGUCGCAGAUGUCGAUGUCGUCGCAAACGCAAGCUACAUCUUCGAAGAUGCCGCUCUCUCGGCCGUCAUCUCAAGCCUAUCAGGCCUCUCCUCCAUCAUCACAGCCUCCGAUCACGAGCACGCAUGUCUCUAAAUACACAAAUCCUCCUUCGCCUUCUCGCUCGCCGUCACCACCGCCUAGCACACAACAGUCAUAUCCCCCUUCGUCACAGCCCACGGCACCUCAAGAAUUGCCUGAUGGUCCCCUAUACAUACUCCCUUUCGGCGAGUACAAGGGGAAGACUCUGCUCGAGGUACCAGAGGAUUACCUCUACUAUCUUGGUGCGAGCGAAGACAAGUUGGCUACUUUGCCUGGUUUGUCUGAUGCGCUCGGCUUAAUGCAGAAAGGUCUACCUCCAGUCGCUAUGGCAUCCACGGCCCCAAGUCAGGCUUCUUCGCAGGCUCUACCACCACCAUCAUCUGAACCGCCUGCAUCUAGUCAGCUCUCACAGAUGAGCCAACCACAGCAGGCUCCACCACCACCUUCCACUGCGCCCAGCCAUUAUUCCCUCUGUAAAGACGACAUGCCGAAUAGUUCGCAACCUCCCGCACCGCAGCUCUCUGCGUCGCAACCUGCUCCGCAGCCUCCCUCCUCUCAACCUCCACCCCGCAAACAAUCAUACCGUUUCGACUUUGGCAAGCACGAAGGCAAAACCAUCGCCGAAGUCCCUCCCGACUACAUGGCCUUCCUGAAAAGCAAGGGGUUCACCGAGACAAACGAGACACUGGCUGCAGGAGUUGCAGAGUACGAACGCCACCACCCACCCAUCGGGACGCCGCGCAAGGGCGAAUACAAAUUCACGUUCGGCAAGCAUGAAGGAAAGACUGUGGCACAAGUGCCUCAGACCUACAUUUGGUUUAUCAAGAACAAAACUACGAUUAUGAAGGAUAAGCCAGAGGUGGGCGCUGCGAUUCGGCAGUUUGAGCGGACUCAAAAACGGACGGAGACUAAGGCUCAAAAUCGUGGUCGUCGUAGGGCUUGGUCUCCGAUGUGCUCAUGUUGUGAUUGA